GAGUGGUCCCCAGGUAAAGCCCUCCUAUGAGGUGAGGUUAAGGUGACCCCUGACCCCGCUCACACAGCGCCCCUCCACCAGGCAGCAGGACUAAGGGAUGUCACGGGGCUUCCUGCUGCUCACGCUGCUCACAGUCUUCUCCAGCAUCCAAGUGUCCUCAGCUAAGCCAUUAAAGGCGUUGAUGCAGAGAUGGGUGAUGUACACGGAGGAGUGUAGCCGCAAUCACAGCAGAGAACCGCCACUCACUGGUGUUGUGUGUAACAGGACCUUUGACAUGUAUGCCUGCUGGCCCGAUGGACUCGCCAACACUACUGUCAGUGUGUCCUGUCCCUGGUACCUGCCCUGGCACCACAAAGUCCAGCAUGGUUCGGUGUACAGGGAGUGUGACGCGGACGGCCAGUGGGUUCCCCAGAAGAACACGAGCGAGUGUGAUGCUAAUGAUCCCGCUCAGCCUCACUAUGGUCAGAUCCUCAAGAAGUUCCGGACCAUGUACACCGUGGGCUACUCUCUGUCUCUGGGGGCUCUGGUGUUAGCGCUCGGAAUCCUGAUCACUUUCAGGAAGCUCCACUGUAUGAGGAACAACAUCCACAUGAACCUGUUUGCAUCCUUCAUCCUGCGUGCUCUGUCCAUCCUGAUAAAGGACGCCAUGCUGGAGGCUCCCAGCGUCAACAUUGGACAGGACCAGGAUGUUACAGACUAUGAGGUGGAGGGCUCGUCAACAACGAGGUGUACGGCGGUGGGGUGUCGUAUCGCCGUGGUGAUGAUGCAGUACAGUAUCAUGGCUAACAGCUAUUGGCUGCUGGUGGAAGGCAUCUACCUCCACAACCUGCUGGUCAUCACCGUGUUCACUGAGAGAAACUACUUCAACAUCUACCUGUGUAUCGGCUGGGGUGCCCCUCUGAUCUUCCUGGUGCCCUGGGUGAUGGUGAAAUACCUGUAUGAAAAUGAGGAGUGCUGGGAGCAGAAUAUCAACAUGCAGUACUGGUGGAUCAUAAGGUCACCUAUACUGCUAGCAGUUGUGGUAAGUACCCUUUUG